GCUGCGAUAACAUGACGCAGAGAUCUUCUCUUUCUGGUCAUCAGCCGUAACCUCAGCCGAUGUAAGGAUGCGAGGCGUGUAGAACGGUCGCACAAGCUGGCUGCUAGACGAGACUGGCACCAAGCAGAUGGCUCACUCACCCCUCCCCUGCCACCCAAGCCCACCUCCUCCCAUGACUGUGACCUCCCUGACUGUCGUCUACCUUCCAGUGCUGAGGGCAGGGCCCGCAUGCUAACGCACUGCUGCAGUGGUGCUGGCUGGAGCUGUGUGUGCCGGACUGUCGUCCACCGUUGCUGCUGCUGCUGCUGCAGUAAGUUAGCUGCUGAGGUCAGAGGAGGAAGAGGUGGAGGUAGCUCUUUAUCGGCGUAUCGAUUGUGUUGUUGUGAAUGGAAAGACACCCCACCCAUUCCCUCCACACCGUCCCGUGGCUCGCGUCUCCAGCGCCAGACUGUGGAGAAGUAGGAGUGAGAAAGGGAGGUCACCUCCCCCAACACCAUCACCAACACCACCACCACCACCUCUUCAGCAGGAGAGUACGAGGACCUGUCGAGUUUGAUUCAGCUUGGAUGUGGUGCAUCGGCUUGACUGUGACCGAGAUCAGGGACAGCCGGUAGAGUGCACACGGCAACCACUUGCUGCAGUGGCUGGAAGUGAGUCCCCAGCACGUCAGCAGCAACAGCAGCAGCAGCACAUCAGCUUCGUCAGCAUCCACCACGUCACAAGGUGCUCACCAUGCGGAAGAUGCGCGGAUGCAUGUCAAGCUCGCGAGCGCGAGUAGUCCGCAUCUGAGCAUGCGCGCCAGCAGCUGCAGCUGCCAAAGGUUGCUGUGAAGAAUGUUGGCACGUGCACAAAACCAGGGCCUCCACCCUCUUUCUCUCUCUCUCGUUCCUCACUCCAGCAUGCGAAGAGCGGCGCGCGGAAGUUAAGACAAACCUCACACUUGUCGUCCUCACCUCAACUCUGAGAGAGGAGACAAUGGUAACCGUUCUCCCCCGAGCUCUGUAACUGACAGUCGCCAGCCAGCCACCGGCACAUCAUGGAAUUUUAAUGCUCCAUUCCUGAAACAUACAGUCCACUCCUCUCUCCUCUCAAAAAAAUAGAAAGAGGGAAGAAAGCAGCGUGUAAUCAGAGACGCAAUAUGCGGUACACAGAUACGCUGGCGAUUCCAUCCCCGCUACAUUCUACAGCAGAAAUUAUAGACCACAACUGCUGCUGUUGUUGUCGUGGUCUGCAGAAAAACAGGAAAAUCUAACGGGUGCCUUGCAGAGUUAUACCGGAUAGUCAGGGUGUGCUCCACGACCUCUCCAAAACGGAUCGAAAAAAAAAAAAAAACCAAACAAACCACGUGACCAGGACGUCGCCAAGGUACUGGCAGCCACGCUUCGUAUCGAAGCCUCCUGGACUGCCCUCGUCCAUCGUGUCACGAACGUGUGCAACCGCAGCACUCGUGUCCAACACCUCCUCCUCCUCCUUCUCCUCUCUCCUCCUCUGUUGCGAUGCACGAGGUCUGACACUUGAGUGAUCGUUGCUGUCCAGGCAUCGACGUCAUCGUUCACGAUGUAGGCGUCAGCCAAACGCUGCACAGGCAAUUAGGAAGGACACGCAAGCUACGAGAGGGAAGAGAAUAAAUAAAGAGCGCGAGACGACGAGUCAGGAUGACGCUAUGGACUCGGACACUUCCACAGCUCGGCCAUCGACGUACGUGGGAGGAGGCGAGGCCACUGUGUCGUCUUUCAUCACUUUCAUCAUCUUACUGGCGGGAGUGCUGGGCGGCCUGCUUAUCGUCGUUUGCGUCAUCAUCGUCUGCAAGUACUGCUUGAAGAGCAAGAAGAACCAGCGGGGCUCCUUCAGGAGCGGGCGUUACGACAGCGGUCGCGCGGUGCGGCUGCUGCAGCGGUAUGAGACCAUCAACUCCGAUGUCUUCUCCGAACCCAGCAGCGUGUCCAUCGAUGGCAUACCACUCAGCCCUCGCAAACCGCUCGACCUCAGGAACAGCGGACGAAGGGACGAGAGCGAAGAGGUUGAUGAACGGACACACCUGUGUUCAUUACAUGAUAAAGAACACACCUACGAUCCUGCUGAAGGUGAGGCAAGCGUGAGUUCCUCGGCACAUCCGACCUCGAGGCUGACAGGAGGGUCAGGAAAUGCCAAGGCGGAAGGAGACGGAGCCAGCAUCAGCGACAGAGGAGGAGGAGGGGAGGAGGAGGCUCAGUGGAGGCUGGGAGCAAAGAACGAAUGGGAGGGUUGCCGUCUACCACCACCACCACCACAUCCGGGUACGCGCCGGGUCAGGAGCCAGGUCAAGGAGGAGGUCAGGCGAGCAGGCGAGUAUCGUUUCAGCUGGACGCUGUGCCGCAUCUCGCCGCCCGAGCCACGACUGCUGCCCGCCGCUGUCCCCUGCAGAGCAGCUGCAGAAGGUCUGCACACACCCUCCCCUCGCUCCUCCCUACUCCCCACCACACAGCCUCCCCUAUCUGCGCGGUCUUACCUGUCGGCCAUGCAUGACCUGCCUGCCUGCCUACCUGUGGUCGUGGUGAUGACACUGAGGCUGAUCAUGAUGAUGACGUCUGUAUCUCGUGCCUUCCUCAGUCACCCUCCAUCAACCCCACUGCUCUUCCCUUUCUUUGUCAACAUGAUGGAUGUUCUAACUGGCUGUUGCGCGUGUGACAGGUACACGGAGGGGGACUUCCACCAUCUAAAGCACUCGAAAAUCGCGUACGGCCUCCCCCGCCAGUUGUCUCUGGGCGCAUGCGCUACCGGAAGUCGCUCGGCGCCCCCUCUGUCGGCGACGGCUGAGGGCGCCUUCAGCUACAGCCUGGACGAGCGUUUGCGCAUGCUUCUUGACCAGGUGGACUCGGACGACCCCGAGGGUCCACCUGUCCAAAGGAGAAGUCCGGACCGCCCCACCUUUCAGCCCGCGGUGCGACCUGGACAUGGCGUCCGCAAGUUUGACCCUUACCACCCGCUCCAGGCCGAGGCUCCGCUCUUCUCCCAGCGACCCGGGGUGGCAACGGGACUGCAGCCACCUGCCUCUCCUGCACGGCUGUUACAACAGCAGGGGAUGCUGGGAAGGAGGCGUUCUCCCAGUACCUCUCCUUCACCCCCGCUACAGCCAGGCUGCACCAAGGUGGAUGUAGAAGUGCACCGACAACCCGGAGCCUCACCGGAGGGCCUCAAGGCGUUUCAAGAAGGCGUGCCUUACGAGCUCAUGGGGCCGCCAGGGCCGCCCCUGCACCUGCAGCGAAGCCACGCCUACCAGAAGAAGGCCUCGUCACACAGCCUGGAGCUGGCGGGCAGCAGACGCCGCCUGGCGCACCCCACGCGCAAGGUGAAGAGCUACGAGGACUUCGCCGACUACGAUGUUCUGCAAAUCACCGAGUUCUCCCGCGGCCCCUUCUACAACAGCGACUUCGAUGUCAUCUCCGAGCUGGCGUCUCCUACACUGAGCAUGGUGCGGUACAACGACACUGGCAGCCUGGAGCAGCUCAACGAGGACACCCCCGGGGACUCCUCGGGGCUGGCGCUGGAGGCCUUCCUGCCCCCCGAGGAGAGCGACGACACGGACACCACCCUGAACGGCACCUACCAGUACCGCGAGCUGUGGCACCUGCGCGCCACCCUGGAAGAGGAGGAGGAGUGCAGCGACACCAUCCGCAUGGAGGACAUGACGUCACCGGAAGACUCCCUGAUCGUGAGCAUGCGCACACACCGCACACGACGUCAUUCGAGUCCACCGUGCCCAGCGACGCCGGCGGCAGCGACCAGAGGGACAGCGGCAUCCAGUGGGAGAAGCGGGUGGCGCAGUUCUACCAGAAGUCGGCGUCGCGGUAUGGCGCUGUCCCUCCUCCUGCUGUAGGCCCGGCUGCUGCUGCUGAGGUUGGUGGUGGCGGUGAGAUCCCUGUCCGACAUCCCUACGCACAGUACUCGCUUUGCGUCAACUGCGGCAGGAAGAAGUGCGGUUGUCGUGGUAACGGAGGCGGCGCGGCACAGCUGCUACCUCCCAAGUACGAACCGGCGCCAGAGCUACAAGAACCUGUUGACCGGCCGCUUGCCCAAAGCUCCAGCAGUAGUAGCAGCAGCUGCAGCAGCUGCGACGAUGUCUGCCAGUGGAAGCGGCAAUGUGCCGGUCAGCGCGGAGAACAGCUUCGACAGCGUGGAGACUGACGGCGACCUGUCGGACACGUCGCGCCACGAAAUGACGACGACAUCAUUCGAGUCGACGACGGACAACACGGACAGCACGACGGAAAGCCAGCACAGCCGCCUGCGCCAUAUGAAGACGGAUAGCGGCUACAAGUCGCUGGAGACUCAGCAGUCAGGUUCGAGGGAGGUAGUGGAGGCAGCUGAUCCCCCUGCCACGAUCGAGGAGAGGAUCAAGGAGGUCCCGGCACUUGAGGGCAACCGACAACGGGCGGCGGCGGCGCAGUUCUGGAAGAAAGGAGAAACGGGUCGAGAGGUUCCUAGAAGCGGAAGUAACGGUGGCAACGGGAACGGGACUUCCGGGUCGAGACCGGAUGUCGCUGGCGGGCGUAGAAAUUCGAACGCAGUCCUUUUCGAGCGGCGUGCUGGCCGCACAGCGAGCAAGAAGCGACGCGAAUACAGUCGCGAGCGGCAGGUCAUCCAUGUCUACGACAGCAUCAAUGAGCCCGAGACGGAUUCCCGCUCCGACCUCCACUCCGGAGACAGCUUCGAGGACGGGCGCCAUCCACAUUAUCAUUCCAACAACGGCCACCACCACUCCCAACAACAUCAGCAACAACAGCAGCACUACCACGCCAGUGGCGGUGGAGGCACGGCGCCUAGCAGCAAGCGCUCCGUCUUCACGCGGUUUUUCUCGCAGGGACGAGAGUCUCGCGAGAAGUACGCCUUCCGAGACUACAGCAUUGACGAGAAGACGAACCAGAUCUUCAACGAGUUCCUGCGACAGGAGGCUCCCCUGGAAGGCAACGGGAGGCUGAGCCUGCGUCGGUCGCCUAGGAACCAGACCAGACCGAGGCUGCAGAGGAAGCACACGGAGCCCGUGUACGACGAUCGGCGCCGGGACCGCUUGGCACCGGAAAUGCGCAGCGCCAGUCUGGGAAGCGACAGCAGCGCCAGCUCCGUGCGCAAGUUAUCUCCCCAGGACAGUAUCGAAGAAGAAUACGAAGAAGAAGAAGAGCCUGAGGGCGGAUGGCGACGAACAGAGUUAGCGCCCAUGCUGGAGGUAGGGGGUGACAGCGACGCGGCGGGUGAGGUCAAGAGAUCGGUGCUAUCCGCGAAAGCACUCCACGACAUUCCCAUCAUCAAACUUCCGGAGGAAGAAACCCAAGAAGCUUCGUGACAAGGAAUCUUCAUUAGGCAGACGUAGAACAGCCAGUGGAGACAUCGUCACGAGCUUUCCGCCGAGGACUCGACGUCACGCCGGUGCUGGGUAAAGGGGCACAAACGUAUAAAAGUAGCUCACCUUUGCCAAAAUGUCUGAUGUAUGGUCAGAUGUUUAAUUUAUUCUACAUUCUACAUACCUUGGUCUCUUCCGUUGAUCGGCAGAUGCAAGGUUAGGAAUGUUGACAUCUGGUUGUGAUGAAACCUUGAAGAGAAGCGUCUAAAUAUUCCUCUACAAGAGCAGGUGAAAAUUUCCGAGACUCGAGCACGCGGAUAUCAACAAAAGAAUGAAAAUUCAGCGAGACAGAAUUGUUUACAGAUUGUGAAAAUUAGCUACAGAUGAAAUACUAGCCACACGAUUUAUUUCUUCUGACAAAGUGAUUUUUUUAAAUAGUGAGAUCAACAUUUCAAGGAAGCAGUCAGCUCGACUUCACUCCGAUUACUCGGACCCUCGCAUUGAGCCUCGCGAGAUUUGAGUGAGUGAACGAGAGACAGAACUGGAAGUGCUUCUUAUAUCUUCUUCGCAAUCUCACCCCGCGCCCACCCUUUUGGCCUCUUAUCUUCCAGGAUGUGUCCUGUGUCCUAGUCGAGGAUGAGUUGCAGCGACGAGGGUGUUAUUGUAGGUUUGGAGUUGCGGUGUGUGACUGAGGUCACUGUGCCAGGGACAGGUCACGAGGACAUGCUGACAUGACAUGGACUGUCACCAACAGGCGGUUCUGUGUGUAGGGUGGACGGGUGGGCAGCCUGCAGUGUCCAGCAUGGAGUCCGAGUACGACGAGAAGGAUCCUGGGAGCGGUUCUGGGAUUCGCUCAUACUGAGACCUUGUGGAACUGCACUGAAUGACCCCUCUAGUGACCCCUCAAUUCACAGUGACACUGUGUGUGUAUGUGUGUGUGUAUGUGAAGCUGACUUUUUUUUCUGCCACCCUUGAGCACUGGCGCGAUUACUGAUGUAAAUGAGGAGAGAAUCGAACUUUAAUUUUUAAACGUGAGUACUUGGGAAGACAAGCACAUCUCGAGAACCGCACUACAGCUCGGGUGUGAGGGAAUGUCAGAGAUUUUUUAUCAACUGUCUUCAUAUUCCUUGUCUCCUUGUUGCUGCCACGAGUCAUCUUCUGCUGUCAGCUCUUACUUUCACUCUCAAGUGUCGUCUUUUUUUUUUGCUUAUCAUAUUUUUCAUCCUCUUCUUUCUCUCUCUCCUAUUUCAUACCCACCCACCCAAAAAAAAAAAAUCCUUUCCAUUUAAUCUCUUCUUUCAUAUUAUCUUUGGCGGCUUAAAGAGGGAGAAUGGAAACAUACCGCGGUCACAGGCUGAGGAAACGAGAGUAGUGUAGCCUCGCUCCCAUUUCUUUACAGGGAUAAGACAAAAAAAAAAAAAGCGUGCGCAUGCGCGAAUAUUCAAACAACUUCCACCUAGCAUGUUCGUGGUUUCCACCCGGCAUACCAAGACCUGGAGAAGGACAGGGAUCAAUAUGUCUUCAUCAUUGCAGGUGACUGCGGUCUUCAUUGUGUCACUCCUGUCCCGGACACAAAAUCACGGCCUCCGCGCCAUGUUGGUCAUAGCCGGGUCGACUGAACUAGACUUUUUCUAUCCGCACGAACCGAAAGAUUUAUGAUGUCCCAGUUCCACAGAAUGUUCCUAAAUGUGGAGCAAGGGUCACAGAGGUCGUUGGGUGCUUGGCCCGCGAUUGGCUUCCAUUGUGAUGCCGGGAAAAGCUCCAUCAGCCGGCUGGAGGAUGAACUUUGUGCUUGGUGACCUGUCUUAGAAGCUUCCAUUUCUUUUUUGGACAAAUUAUAAACGGAUCCUGAUGUCUGCAGAGAAGGUAUUGGACUAAAAAGGAAGCACGAGGACGGGGUGGGAGGAGGGUAGUAGCGGGGUAAAGGUCGGCAGUCGGGUGACGUCAGCAGGUCGUUGUCGGGCACUGUGACGAGGUCAUUGUCGGCAGUUUAAGUAUUGUUAGUUUUACAAACAACCCGUAAACAUGUCAGGUACACUUUCUGCUUUACGUUGCAGGUGUACGAAUUUUGUUUUUAAUAUCAAGUGCAUUAUUCUUCUUCAUCAUCAUCAUCAUCAUCAUCCUUGUCCUCCUCCUUCUGCUACUUCUUCUUCAGUUUCUCGUCUCAGAAUAACAUCGCCAUAUCUCAUCCCAAAAAUCUGCUCCUGUACCCAAGGUAAUAUUAGCAUCUGGAGCCAGGUGUGGUGAUGUAGCUGAAGGCGAGGUCGAGUCAAAUGAGUCAAACACACACACAGACACGUGGACAGCAGUUCUUCCUGGACAAGGGACGUAACCAACGGCAGGCGACAAGAAUACAAACUGAAAAUACUGCUGAAACCUUUUGUUCAUACUUUAUUUUACAAUCUUAUUUUUACGAAAAUUAAUCUAUCAGAAAAAAGUUUAGAGGGAAGAUGUUUUCUUGUCGUCAUGACAGGGAGUUACGUCCCUUUGUAUUGUAGAAAAAAAAAAAGAAAAAAAAAAAAAAAAAAACGCCUGCAGAGGACAAAUGCAACCUGUUACAUUAGAAGCAAUGAAAGCAAUGUGCUGCAGGAAUUAAGCUGGGAUGCGAGUGUGGAGUUACUUUCCCAAGCCUAGUUUAUUGCGAAAAUAAUUUCCCAAAUCUGAGCAAAUAACAUCAAUAUUUUGCAUUUUGGAAAGAGUUCUGGACCUGUUCCCACGACAUAAAGGACGGCUUGCUACUAAAGAGUUGGAAACUCUUACACUGCUUAUGGCUUUAAAUUACAUGAUAAAAGUGUCAUUCUCUCGGACUUCCCCCAAUACAUUCAGUAAAAAAUAUUGCUACAUUCGUGUCACAAAUAAUGACACUGAUAUCUAUCUUAAUCGUUUAAUGUUAAGUAUUCCUCGGAGAGUCAAAUAGGGAAGGAGAAAAAAACUUGUAAAGACUGACUUGAUUCCCAGGGCUAAAUAUUUAAUGUACAGCUAUUGUCUGUGUAAACAUUUAGCUCCCCUCAUCUUCACAUCCUGUUUGACGAAGAUGAUGGACCUUUGUUGCCCAUUGCAGAGACUGAGACGAAGAACGAUGCUGUUAGGACCAAUUUUACUCACAGAACAGCUACAGACAGUGGCAGACAUUGCCAGACAUUGCCGGACCUCCCCACAUUGAGGCUCAUUUGUUGUCGGUACUCAACCACGCCUCAACGAAUUUGCUGUAGAGUUUCUGGAAAUGCGAACUACCCAUAGGAGGGCAGGAAGCAGGAGGAGCCAUGACCUCUCGUGUUGGGUGCGUGGAAAAAUCCUGAAAGUGGUUAUCAUUUAGUGGUAGAUGUCCUCUGACUGACCUCAUCUUGUGAGUAGGGGGGAGGGAGGCAUUGAUUAUAGGAAAGCACAAUUUUUUAAAAUCCUUUAAUACAAGUGCUUUCAUUGGUCAAUCUCUUUAUCUGGAAAUAAAUUCAGAAGACCUCUGGUCUAGUCAUAACUCUCCAUAUCCUUCUCCUUUUUCUUUUUUUUUUUUCAUUAACUCUACAACUUCCCUGAAAAAAAAAAUUCUAUGGUGAUGUCUACUCAGUGGGUGAAACACGAUCCCCUAGGAACUGUAAAAAGUUAAGUCGCAAAAUUCAGAAGACCGAGUGAUCAUCUCAGGAGGGUUAGAGUACGUCCGAUAAUGUUAUUAAUUUUUUCCCCAAAAAAAACCUUGUUACUGAGUUGAUUAAUUUACAUGGGCUUGUCUCGACUCACCCCCAUCACCCUACACCCGCACCUCUGUCAUCGCAGCGUCUCAUCUCUUUUCAUCCAUCACCAACGAUCUUCAUGUCGAUGUCUGUCUGAUGGUGUCUGGGUGUGUUCGGGUGGGGAUAAGCGGGUGUCUCUCAAACUCCACCCAACCAACCCUCGCCACAUCAUCGAUCGCGUGUCUUCAUGUUACACCCGGGAUGCAUUUACAAGUCACGUGACCAUGUUGUCUGCGGGAGGUUGCGCGGUGUAUCCCAUCAUGUCUUACUGCGCGGCACAGAUCACGUGACGGAACUACUUGUUCUCGUCAAGAUGGCGAGGUGCAUCUCGCUCCACAAAAUAACAGCACAGAUUGAAAAAAGAUGAUACACAUCCUUAUGCACACUGUACUGACUGUAUUUUUAUACACUACGUUGCUUAUAUUAUCUCGAUACUGCAGAGAAUAUAUCGGACUCUGUGGACUAUUUUAUUAUCGUCUGUUCUUUUGAAGACUCGUCAAGGUGCAACUUAUCAAAGCUGUCUUCUUCGUGCAAUUACAAUUCUGUGGAGGGUUUCUCUCCAGCAUCCGUUUCUAAGUGAAACUGUGUUGUAGAAUGUAGGUAGCCUCAUCACAUCGCCUUCACACGUGGUGCACGGUCUGUGGUGUGUCCAGCGUUGGUCUGAUGCUAACCACAACCUGAAAUAUUGAUGGCAGGGUCUGUCUCGCUCGAUUCCUAUUAAAUAUCACGAUGUACUUUACGCUCCUGGUUGCCAUGACCACCGAUUCACCUCAAGAUACGGCACGGCGUGACCUUUUGCUCGGUCCAGAUGCCGAGAGGUGGCGCUGACCGUUGCCAGACUCACAGUCCUAGAUAUCACGCUGACCUUUGUGCACCCCACUGUCCUACAUAUUGCGCUGCCGAUGUCAGAACGAGGCCGUUUACCUUCGAGUUUUCAUCUCAUAAUUCUUGCACUCAUCUUGACAAGUGAGGUUUUAUCUCGCAGAAGUAUUGCUGUGCCCUUGGAGUUACCUAGAUGGCGCCAUGGACGACACUCAUGCCUUCUAUCAUGUUUGUGAAGUUCUGGUCCUCUAAGCGCCACGCCCUUUCAUCGCUGAAGACUAUCAUCUUUUUCAUCUUUUCCUUCCCUCGUAUGGUCCUCCAUGUUAAAGAAAUGUCGACACAAAGUUUUGUUUUUAAAUUCUCUGCACUGUGAUAUGGCGCUUUUUUGUACUACAUGUGAAAAUGAUGAUGAUGAUGAUGAUGAUGAUGAUUUUUACUGCACCUUAUUCACUCCUCCUCCUUCUCUUCCUUGCCGGUCUUUCGUCUUACAGCAUGAGCAUGGGUGGAAGACAUUGACUUUAAAGAAAUCGCUAUCCCAUGGGUACAGGCGUAUGAUGUAUGCUCACCAUGGUCGUCCCAGGUCUGUUGGUCGGUUGGUCGGUGUGCAGAACGGGAGAGGGUAGGAAGGACAGGUGGCAAGGUGCUGGAACAUUCCACAUCCUCGUACGCGUGAAAGAAGCCACCCCAUCAUCAACCCCAGCACUAAUCCGCCACAACACCAGCACUAACAUCAUCGUCUCUUCGAGCACUAACAAGAUGGUCACCAAACACUAACAGUAUCGAUUCCUUCACUAAUACCAAUCAUCCCUAUCACUAAUCCCAUCAUCAACCCCAGCACUAACACCACAGUCAACCCUCAGCCUCCUGCACUAACACCUUCGUCAGCAGCAGCACCAUCAUGAUCAAUCAAAGCACCAACCACGAGUUCCUCACAUCUGAUUUAAGGUUUCACCAUCUUUAGCAACAGAUUUCUAUGUCACAUGUUCGUUAAUCAAACAUCUUGAAUUCCAGGAAAAGAAAGGAAAACUAAACCCAUGCCAAAUAAAUGGUCACCAGAACCAGGCACCACAGUUUGUGAUGCCAAUCAGCACUGUCGUCCAUGCUGUCAUCUGAUGUACAGACUAACAUCCCCACCACCACCACCACAGGUCAACCACCACCUUCGUUUCUUGUGUAAACUUCGAGGCUGAGAUAUUAACUGGAUGAAUCAUCCUUUUACACAUUUUUACUCACUUUCUGUCUGCUCUUCUCAUUGCCAGCCACACACCCUCUCAUCUCACCACCUCCCCUUCAACUCCUCACCUCUUCCCCCCGCACAUCCCUCCACUCAACCGUUUGUGGUGUCUCACGUCGUGGCUGUCAUCGCCUUCAUCCUCUCGAUGUGCCCAGUGGUCCUGGUGCUUCUUGGGAAAAAUAAAUCCGAUAACUGAUGCCUUAGAGGCCUGAUCAGAGUGCAUUUACUAAUGGCAUUUAAUUUAUGUUUUGAAUUGUCUCCAAUUGUUGCUGUCUGUGAGAGAACUCACUGCCUGUCACACGUGUAACCGCACACAACUCUCGUCAUGGUUGACAUGAGUGCUUGAGGCUCGGGUGUGUGGACUUUCUGUCGUACAGACUGCAAUGGACAGAAGCGAGAUUGCACGAGACACGAACACGCUGAAUAAUGUUUCAGCUUUGCAAAAAUUACUUUUUAAUGUUGAAAAUGAUUUUAGAUGUUUUUUAAAAAAAUAAUUGGUGAAUAACCUUGCAGACAAAAGCCUGAACUUGGAAGACAAGACCAGUCUAUGAUUAAUAGAUUGUUUUGUGUUCUAUUUUCAAGAUAAAUACUUUUAUAAAACUUAGGAAAUCUUAAAAUAGAAAUUUUACUUUCUGCAACCUAUAUUUGAACAUUUUAUACUUUGUAAAUGUUUCUAUUAACAACAGUUUUUAUUUAUCGGGAUAUUGGCAAAUUAAGGUCUUUUUAAAAUAAAGUUAAUUCAGAAGAUAUAUAUAGAUACAUGCCUAUAUAUAUAUACAUUUCUGUUUAAUCUUGCAUAAAAGGGAUAAAGAUAGUAAAUUAAGUAUCUAUGGUGAAAGAAACCCCGACAGGUUGUUUUGUUAUGCAACUCUCUGUUGGCUGGACAUGUAGAAAGAAAUAUGUCAAAGGUCAAAGGUUGACUUGAAGCCCACACAAGCUUGUACUACGAGUGCUUCAAAGAUGUUGCUGUUGUUCACUCUGUGAAGUUGUGAUAUUUGCACUGUUUGAAGAUAUAUGAGAUGUUAUGGUAUUUUUGUACUUGCAAACUGAUUUGUAAAUGUCUUACCAUCCCCCUGACCCCGACACACACCCUUUGCUGACCAUGUUCAAUGUAUCAAACUUUGAGAUCUUCACGGUUUCUUUUAUACAGUUUAUUUUUGCGUUUCCACUCGUUCCCCACCCCGAUAUCGACAUCCACCCACGCCCUGAAAAUGAUGAUAAAACCCUCAAUCUCUUACGUGCUUUACCAUAAACGGUUUGACUAAUG